AAGAGUUUGGCGUAUUAGUUGGCGCGAGAUCUGGGGAACGUCUUUUCAAGUCUACGUUUCGCCGCCAUUGGACGCGUAUCGAUUGCUUCUCUUCAUCUCUCCUUCUCCGCAAGUUCAUCUCUCUUUUAAAAGAGCAUCCAAUUUUUUAGAAUAGGUGUGUGAGAAUGGCCAGUCCAACAAAAGAAGAACUCCCAAAAGUCUCAAGUGCAUUCAAAAAUGAACUGGAAAAAUUUGAUGCGGGGAAAAUGAAACAUGCAGAUACUAAAGAAAAAAAUCCUUUACCUUCAAAAGAAGAUGUUUUACAAGAAAAACAACAUCAUGAACUGCUAACAGGUGUAUCAACAUUCAACAAAGCCAAACUAAAACGCACCAACACAAAGGAGAAGAUUGUUUUACCGACCAAAGAAGUAAUUGAUCAAGAGAAAGCAAAUCAAGGUUAUGGUGCAAUUCUCCAAGGUAUUGAAUCAUUUGAUACUGCCAAACUAAAACCAACCGAGACUCAAGAAAAAAAUCCUUUGCCAACAAAAGAAGUAAUUGAUCAAGAGAAAGCAAAUCAAGGUUAUGGUGCAAUUCUCCAAGGUAUUGAAUCAUUUGAUACUGCCAAACUAAAACCAACCGAGACUCAAGAAAAAAAUCCUUUGCCAACAAAAGAAGUCAUCGCUCAAGAAAAAGGUGCUGCUUAAGUGAUGGAUGUUUUUCAAUUGUGAUUGUCUUCAAUGGACUCUCUCUGUUUGCUGUCAAACCAUCUUAUUCUAGUUAGACUCGCAAUGUGGCCGUCUUUGAAAAAACGUGGCAAUAUUGCUUUAAUUUUCUCAAUGUGUCAUGACAAUAAUGGCUAAAGCUAAUAACAAUUCUCAUGUUUUUCAAUAAGCUAUCAUAUCAUAUAUUCCUAUAGUCAGUCCUUUUUAUAGACAAAUUUUUAUAAUAUAUUUAUGAUUAGCUUUUGUAUCUCUUUCUUAGUCACUGGAAUUUUUAAAGUUACAUAUUCAGUGAAUUAUUCAUAAGUAUGUUUGAUAAGAAUUUUUAAUACUAUACUUAAAAUCGGUGAUAAUUUUGUUAUACUUCAACUACAACUUGUUCUUAAAUGGAAAGUUUGUAUUUGUUAUAAAACGUGCAUAUCAUGCAUAUUAUUUGUACUUAAAUGAACAAUGCAUAAUUUACAUUUCAUCAAAGUGUUUCGAAUUCUAUAAUUGCAAAUAAUUAAAAAUGCUCAUUUUUAAAUAAAUACUUUUAUUUAUAA